AUUAUAUCUAAAAAAGUCGUAUAUAAAUAUAUUCAAUUUUGUUAAAUUUCAUCAAUUGGAUUAUUUUGUUACUGCACAUAAUCAAAAUGUGGUUUCUCCAAUUCUCUUGUGUUUUGAUUGCGUUUGUCCAGUUAUCACAACCGGCCACAAUCGAACAUAGGAUUGUUAACGGCGAGAAAGUUUCCAUAGACGAUUACCCAUACCAAGUGUAUCUUUUUAAUCCUUCUGGUAGCUGUGGCGGUUCUAUCAUAUCAAAAAAAUGUAUUCUCACUGCUGGUCAUUGUGUAGUUAAACCAGAUUUGACGAGUAUAAAAACAUGGGCAAAACAUAACGCCAAUACAGUUUCAGUCCUACCAGGAAAAUCAAACGUUUUAGACAAAAGUUCAGCUAUUUUAGCUGAAAAAAUAAAUCUACAUUCAGACUUCAAUAUUGUGUUUCUCUUAAAAGACGAAGAAAUUGUAGCUAAAGAUGUCGAAAAUGAUAUUGCUAUUAUAUUCCUUGGAACUUCAUUAAUAUGUUCCACGGGUAUUAAAAAAGUCAGUUUGCCACCUCUAGGUGAAUCAGAAUCUUUGCUAUAUGGUAAAACCGCUGUAGCCACUGGAUAUGGCCGACUGUAUGAUAAUAAACUGACUAAAGACUUGUAUGCUGUUAACCUUAAAAUUCCCAAAACAAACAUAUUAUGUGAAAACGAUAAAAUAAUUUGUUUACCUAAGCAAGAAAAUUCUAGGGGAACUUGUUUCGGUGACUCUGGUGGACCUCUAGUUAUAAAUGGAGUACAAUAUGGGAUUAUAUCUGGUGCAAAUAAUAAAAAUGUUCCUCCUUUAUGUCAAUAUGCGACACGAUUGAACUUUAUUAAUAUUAUUCACUACCGAGAAUGGAUAUCUAAGAAUUCCGAUGUCUAUGAAGCGAAUGCUCUUAUUGGUGAAGGAAAUGGUAUCGAUGAAUAAUAAUUUAAAGAUGCUUUAUUUAAGUGUUGUGAUUAUUUAAUAAAUUAAAAAAAAAUUGUUA